AUGGGUGAGGAGGGGGGGAGGGCCUAUGGGGUGGGGGUUAUGGGGGAUUUGGGGGUGUGGGUGGGUGGGUGGGGAGGAGGGUGGUGGGUUGUGGUCUCUCAAAAACAAAGGAAAAUCGGGGAUUGGGGUCUAGUUGUUGGUGUUCUAGGUUAUGUGGAUGUGUUUUUUGUUCUCUUUAAUGUAGUUGCGGGCUACGUUGGGGGGUGGGCCGACGUUGGGUUUUGGGUUCAUGGGGGCAAGUGGUGGUCAUGGGGAAUGAGGGCAUAA